AUGGCCGCAGCAACCACCUCGGCCCCCCUGCACCCAAAACUCGGCAGGGCAGCCGACUUUGUCCGACCAGACUUUCAUCAAGUCAAUCUUGAUAUAGAGGGAUAUCUGAAGAAUGAGCGAGGGUUCAAGCUUGAUUCUGACGAACAAAUCUGCCCUCUAAGCUUGACCCCCUUGGGCUGCCCCCUUCCCCCAUCGCAAUGCCCCUACCGCCACACUACCCCCUCGCAUCUCAAUUUCCAGCCUCCCCCCCAACUUCCAACCCAUCCACGAGAACGGGAAAAGAAACUCACCGUCUGCAAGCAUUACCUCCGUAAUCUCUGUAAGAUGGGCGACAACUGCGAGUACACGCACGACUUUAACCUCCGCACCAUGCCGACUUGUAUAUGGUUCGAGAAGCAGGGAAAGUGUGAGUUGGGAGGAGAGUGCUUGUACUUUCAUUCGAGGGAUAGAAGAGUGGAGUGUCCGGACUAUUUGAGGGGGUUCUGCGUGCUUGGGCCGGGGUGCCCGAGGAAGCACACGAGGAAGAGGCUGUGCGAGGCUUACAUGGCAGGCUUUUGCCCGGAUGGUAAGGAGUGUAAACACGUCCACCCCUCUCCCACUCGCCCGCCGCCUGAAGCGUAUGAGAACCCCCCCGCACCAAACCCCGACGAUUUCUCAGGCCCACCCCCUCAACUGCCCGCAGGCUACGGCCGUUGGCGCGAGUACAAGUACGACCCGAACGCUGUCAUCGUCCCUGCCGCGGCAUGGGUGGAGGGUGGUAGUUUGUCCGGAUGGAGAGCGGGAGGUUUCUUGAGUGCGAAUGCCAGGAGAGAACAAGGUGGAGGUGGUGGAGGUGGAUAUCAGGGCGGUGGGGGAGGCGGUGGGGAGAGGAAGGGCGGAGGUUGGCAAAAGGAUUUGAGCACUGUUUUGUGCUUUAGGUGUAACCAGCACGGACAUUUCGCCAACGCUUGUACCAAUCAAUACGUACCCGGUGACCGUGGGGGGGCGAGAAAGAAGGAUGGUGGUUUCUAG